AUUGAACGUAGACAGGCAUACAGUUUCCUUUGUAUUCAAGGACGAUAUAAAAAUAAUGAAUGGAAUUUAAUGGAAAAUCUAGCCCGUUCAAAUCAUUAAAUAAUAUAUAGCUGAGCGACUUGAACAACACGCACGCACAACUCAAACCACUCACGUAUUUCAUUUUGAAAUCUCUUUCCUAUUUGAUUGUUUUUAUUAUUAUUAUUGUUGUAGUUUUGUAUAGCAAUGCAAAAUCCAUUUGUCUUUGGUCCAUGUUUAAUUAUCUGUUACAAACAACUGAGAAUCGGUGACAUUUAUUACUGUAGAGAAAGUCAUUAUUGUCCCCAGCUUUUGAAAAGACGCAUACCGUAGCAUUCACGCAAGAAAAGCUUUAUUAACAACAGUGUCACGUUCUGGGAGACUACAAUUGAUGUUUCUUGAAAUCAUGUUAUUAUAGCUAUUAUUUUCUCUCCCUUUUUUCUCAGGCCUGUCAAUCACUCAAUUAUAUGAGUGGGUGGAGCGUGACAGAUGGGUGUGGCUGGCAAUGUGUGUGACAGUGCAUGAUUGUUUCCAUGGAGACAGAUGGCAGCUUUUCCGAGGGCCCCACACUAACGCUCCUACAGUCAAAUGACGGUGUGGGGGCGGGGCUUGUCGAGCCAGAGGAGGCGUGGCUCGGCUUCCGGGCCACCGUGAGUGCUGUGCUGCUAUUGGAGUUGCUGCUCGGCGUGGGCGGCAACCUGACGGUGUUGGUGUUGUACUGCGGCCACUGCAGCCUUCUGGAGUCGGUCAGCCAUGCUGUCACACUCAGCCUGCACACGCUUGACCUGUUACUCUGUCUGCUCUGCCUGCCCAUCACUGCAAUGCUCCUCCUUCUGGGUGGAGCCUCCAGCCCUCACCACGUCCUGCUCUGCUGUCUCCACGAAUCAGCAGCCACCUUCGCCAGUGUAGGAACUGCACUCAACCUGCUGCUCAUUAGCCUCGAUCGCUACGACAUCAGCGUCCGUCCAGCCAAUCGUCUGCUUACACCACGGAGAGCAGCGUUUUUGCUAGCUGGAGUGUGGGUGGUGUCUUUAACCUUGCCAGUCUUGCCAUUUGUAGAGGCAGGUCUUGGCUCUGGGGCAACAGAUGGAGCACCUGUUUACUCAAAUAGCACCUUGUUGUGUUCCCAACUGGUAGGGACUCUACAAGCUCAUCUCUUUCUGCAGGCUCCCAUCUUCCUGUGCUCACUGGCUGUAAUGCUGUUUACUUACUCACGCAUCCUGCAGGCCCUGCGCAUUCGCAUCGGACAUCCGGCCAGAGCGCAAAGAGGCACCACGCAACUUGUCCGGCGCCCAUGGCAGCGUCGUACGAGGUCUGCAAGGUCACCCGAUCGCAUGACAAAGACUUUAUCUGUAUCUCCUCCUCCCCUCUCCACUGGACCGCUUGUGGCCUCAGACACCAUUACCACGGUGACUAUGAACACAGAGACCAACACACCAUCAGUGAACACUCCACUGAGUCCAACCCCCACUGCAACCACACCCUUUGUCGGCUCAUCACUGGGGGCAGCGCCUUUGAGUCCUAUGCCUACACUGUCCGCUGUAACCACACCUCUAAACAAUAACCCAAAUGCUUCCACCAUCAACACCCCUCUACACCCCACAAGAUCCAUACCACUAAACCCUAAUCCAACUAUAUCCACCAUGACCACCCAUCUAAACCAUAACCCAACUACACCCACCAGAAUGACCCAUCUAAACCCCAACCCCAUUACAUCCACCAUAACCAUACUGUUAAACCAGAACCCAACAACAUCCACCGUAUCCUUCCCUCUAAACGCUAACCCAGCUGCAUCCACCAUCACCACUCAUCUAAACCCCAACCCUACUACAUCCACCACAAUCACCCAUAUAAGCCCUAAUCCAGCUACAUCCACCCUAUCCUUCCCUCCAAUCCCUAACCCAAAUCCAACUACUAACACACCUACAUCCACCAUAUCCUUUCCUCUAAAUCCUAACCCCAUUACAUUCACCAUAACCAUACCGUUAAACCCGAACUCAACUAAAUCCACCAUAUCCAUCCCUCUAAACCCUAACCCAGCUGCACGCACCAAAACCACUCAUCUAAACCCUAACCAAAUUACACCCACCAUAAACACCCAUCUAAACCCUAACCCAGCUACAUCCACCCUAUCCUUCCCUCUAAACCCUAACCCAACUUUAUCCACCAUAUUUGUAUCUCCAAACCUAAGCCCAUCUACCUCCAGCCCAACUAUACCUCCAAGCCAUAACCCAGUGGCAUCCACCACAACCACACCUCUAAACCCCAGCCCCUCUAUAUCCACCAUAACCACAACUCUUAAGCAUACUGCAUCAUCCACAGCCUUGCCACUUAAUCCCAGUCCAACCAUAUCCACCACACCAUUAAGUCCCACUGCUACUCAUGCCCCACCCAGUGUUGGUGUUGGGGCCUCAGUGUCAGCCAUCUUGGCUCUGCGCCGUGCCGUGAGACGUCACAGAGACCGAAGGGAACGUCAGAAACGUGUCUUCCGCAUGUCCGUCAUCAUUGUCCUCUCUUUCCUGCUGUGCUGGGCUCCUCUGUCCAUUACACCACUCCUACAUCUGGCCAUCGGACCCUCUGAUUGGCUGGAGCACCUCAGGGUCUGCUUCCUAGUGCUUGCCUACUGGACAGUGGUGCUUCAUCCGCUGCUGUAUGCAUUCACACGGCAGAAACUGCGCAAAGUCCUGCACACACGUCUGCGCAGGCUACGCAACAAGAACAACAACACACACACCAUCGCUCGGACAAAGCAGAGGAAUCAGCGCAAGCAUAGGGCAAACUGCAGCGACGCUACCGACCGCUGUCUGAUGGAGACUGUCCGUGAGUGAUGACCUGCGGUGUGUGUGUGUGUGUGUGUGUGUGUGUGAGAUGCAGGGAACAAGCGGAGACAUCACCUCGUUUUGCAUGUCAACAGUUCUGUAAUUUAUUCUGUACAGCGAUAACAACAAGCACACGUUCCAAAGCACACUGAGCUCAGAGAGAACCACAGGGCAACGUCUAAUUAACUGUAGCCAUAGAUCCGAUUUUAACUGUCGUGGUGCUAGACAACAAGCGUGUGUCAGCGGGUGUGUAGGCGACCGGGGCAAUAAUUUCAUAAACCAGGGCAUGCAUGGAAAGACUUUCAUGCAGAGUAAUUCUUCUAACAUCGGUGUGAAGUGAAGCAUUUAUUCACGUUAUAUUCAAAUCUGCGUUUAUGUCAUACGUCUAGUGCGUUCGUUACGGAUAGAGUGCUGUAGAUUUAUUAUAGAUGUUCAUGAUCAGGGAUGUAAAUAUAAACUAUGAUUAAAUUAUAACGGCUAACUUAUAAGCUGAAUUUGGAAAACAAACGAGCCCAUGUGUGUGUAUUUGUGUACCUGUAGACAUAUAUAAUAUAAUAGCAUUAAAUGAUUUUCAUUCAUUUGUGACGAUUGUGUAUUUUGCAGUAGAUCAGCAAUAAUGUCGAAUUCUAUCAAUAAAGUUGUAUAGUUCCUUGUU